AAACACUGCAGGAUGUCUUGGUGUUCUACCAAACAAAGUAUACCCUUACCAGCCAAUCAUAUUGUGUGAAGGGAGUAACUUGCAGCCUUCUACAAUCCUGUGUAAAGUCAUUCACUUCUUCAGAAUACUUUGUUAGUAUUUUCUUUAGUACAUUUUGGUUAAAAGUGUCAUGGUGGAAAUGCUUGUGAAUGUCAAGAAAUGGAUUGAAGAAAACAGAGCUGCUUUCCUGCCUCCUGUGUGCAAUAAGCUUAUGCACAGCCAUCAGCUGAAUGUAAUGUUUGUUGGUGGGCCAAACCAAAGAAAAGAUUAUCACAUUGAAGAAGGAGAAGAGUUGUUUUACCAGAUCAAUGGAGAUAUGUGCCUCAAGAUAAUAGAAAAUGGAAAACACAAAGAUAUCUACAUUAAAGAAGGAGAGAUAUUUCUCUUACCGGCCAGGAUCCCACACUCUCCUCAGCGAUAUAAAAAUACUGUGGGAUUGGUGAUUGAAAGGAAAAGGCUAAAGAAAGAAAUGGAUGGACUCAGAUACUAUGUUGGAGAAUCAACUGAUGUUCUUUUUGAAAGGUGGUUUCACUGUGAUGAUCUUGGGACACAACUUAUCCCAAUAAUCCAAGAGUUUUUCAGCUCCAGGCAGUAUCAAACCGGAAAACCCAAUCCAGAUGACCUUUUGAAAGAAACUCCUUUUCCACUAAAUGAUGACAAAGUCAUGGAACCCUUUUCCUUGAAAGACUGGCUGAAUGAUUAUCAUGUUAAUAUCCAGCAGAAGAAAUCUUUGAAACUUUUCGGUGAUAACUUUGAAACGGAGGUUAUAAUUUUUGGACCAGGAAUAACUGAAGAGAGAGGAAAGGAUGCAGAUAUAUGGAUAUGGCAGAUGGAAGGUGCAUCUGUUGUUACUACUGAUGGUAAAUCCUUGACUUUAGCUACUGGAGACAGUCUUCUAGUACCUGUACAGACUAAGUUUCAUUGGAAGAGAGAAGAAGGAUCUAUUGCUCUUCAUGUUGUUCAGGACCCACAGCAGAAAAGACCCUAUGCCUGAGUUCAAUACAUUACUGACAAGAUAGAUGAAUCAAUUUCUUACUAAAAAUGUUAACUUUGUCAUUUUACAAAAGGGCACAAUUAACAAAGGGAUCAAAAUAUGUGUGUUAGGGGCUUGCACUAUAGAAAAUUUGUUAUAAUUUCAGAUCAGGGCUGGGGGGAAGGGUUACAAUGAUUGCUUAUGUUCAGGUAGGAUGUUACCAGUUCGGGAUUUAAAUCUGUGUAGUUCUGGAGUUUGGGACCAUUAUGUUCAAUGGGGAAUGUAUCGGAGGGUCUGUGCCAGCUGUUUAUAAAGAUAAUGUUUCUAAAGAUAAUGACAUCAAAUUUGCACACAGUCCUCUCUGUAACCUAAAGACUCCUUAAUUUUCAUGCAGAUUGAAUAAAGGGAGCUCAAUUUCUACAUAAUCCCCAAAGUAGGCAAUUCUCUGUACAGAUGCACUUCUCUCUACCAGUUCUUAACAUGGCAGUCAAUCAGCAGUUUAGCAGGAAACUCCAACUGAUCCUGCCAUUAAAAAUAAGCAAAUAAGCAAAAAUGAUGCUGUAUGUAUUUUCUCAUUCCUACAGUGACUGACUGAGAAUAAAAAUGUCUUACCUUUCAUCUAAAAA